AUGAAGACGAUAUCUCAGACAAUAAAUGCUUUGUUUGCCUUUAGAUCUUUUUAUUUCAUCUAUCAACUUUUUUAUACAACCGCCCCGCCCCCCCGCCUUUGGUCUAUCAAAGCUAUUUUUCUCCUUUGCUUUGUCAAGACCUCCCCACCUCUGGCCAUUGACUCUCUUUCCUCUCUUUAUCAUUCAUUUCUUUCCUCAUCGGACUUGCUUUUUUCUUUUUCUUUGAAUAUGCUCCUUAAUAACAAUUCAAUUUACUUUUUUUUCUUUUAUAGACUCCCUCUCUCCUGUAUGUGGUUGUCCCUCUCUCUCUCUCUUUCUCUGCAGGCUCCCUCACUCCUGUACGUGGUUGGCCCUCUCUCUCUCUGCAGACUCCCUCACUCCUGUACGUGGUUGUCCCUCUCUCUCCCUGCAGACUCCCUCUCUCUUGUAUGUGGUUGUCCCUCUCUCUCUCUGCAGACUCCCUCACUCCUGUACGUGGUUGUCCCUCUCUCUCCCUGCAGACUCCCUCUCUCCUGUAUGUGGUUGUCCAUAUCUCUCUCUCUCUGCAGACCCCUGUGUACCCCUCUCUCCCUGCAGACUCCCUCUCUCCUGUAUGUGGUUGUCCAUAUCUCUCUCUCUCUGCAGCUCGUAAUUCCCAUCAGUUGUUUUUUUUUUUCUCUCCUCUUUCUUCCUCAGCAAUUCUCUUCCCUGAAACUUUUUUUUUUUCUUUUUUAUUUUUUUUCUCUUUUUUUAUUUUUUUUCUCCUUUUUUUUAUUUUUUUUUCUCUUUUUUUAUUGUCAUUUUGUCUUUAUUUUUUAUUGUCAUUUUGUCUUUAUUUUUUAUUUUUAUUUUUUUGUCUUUCUCUCUUUUGUCUUUUCUUUUUUUCUCGCUUUUUCUUGCUUUUUCUUUUUUCUCUCUUUUCUCUUGUCUCCUUUUUUCUCUUUUUUACUCUCCUUUUUUCUCUUUUUUUUCUUUUUCUUUUUUUCUCCUUUUUUCUCUUUUUUACUCUCCUUUUUUCUCUUUUUUACUCUCCUUUUUCUCUUUUUACUCUCCUUUUUUUUUUUUUACUUUUUCUUUUUUUCUUUUUUUUUCUUUUUUUACUCUCCUUUUCUUUUUUACCUCCUUUUUCUCUUUUUUACUCUCCUUUUUUCUCUUUUUUACUCUCCUUUUUUCUCUUUUUUACUCUCCUUUUUUCUCUUUUUUACUCUCCUUUUUUCUCUUUUUUACUCUCCUUUUUUCUCUUUUUUACUCUCCUUUUUUCUCUUCUUUAUCCUCUUAAAUUAG